CCGCCGGGUCGGACCUGCCGCCGUGGCCCCUGCAGCCGGAGCCAUGUACCGCAGCGGUGCGCGCUCUUCCGUCUCUUCGCACCGGCCUAAAGACAGCGGCGGGGGCGGCUCGCGUAGCGGCCGCAACUCCGGCUCUUCCUCAGGCCCGGCUCGCCGCGCCUCGCCGCCGCCCUCCGGUUCCUCCUCGUCGCGUACCCCGGCCCGCCGGCCCCGCUCGCCCUCAGGGCACCGCAGCCACCGGGCCUCGCCGUCCCCGCCGCGGGGUCGCCGCGGCUCCCCGUCCCCGCCCCGCGGCCGCCGGGCCUCUCCGUCCCCGCCACGGGGUCGCCGCGGCUCCCCGUCCCCGCCGCGGGCCCGUCGCGGCUCCCCGUCGCCGCUGCGGAGCCGACGACUCUUCCCGCCGGGCCCACCCGCCUUCAGAGGCAGCAGCCGGGGGGAGUCCCGCUCCGACUUCGCCCGGGACUGCCGCGGAGACCAUCCAGGCGACAGCGGCAGCCGGAGACAUUCUCCUGGUCUGCGUUCUGAUUCUUCCUUGGAACAGAGUUUAAGGAUCACUGUUGGCAAUGACCACUUCUGUGUUGGCACACCAGAACGGAGACGGCUUAGUGAUCGGCUGGGGUCACCAGUGGAUAAUCUGGAGGAUGUGGACAGGGAUGACCUAACUGAUGAUUCUGUCUUCACUCGAAGCUCCCAAUGUUCUCGAGGUCUUGAGCGAUAUAUUUCCCGGGAGGAGGGGCCUCUUAGUCCCUUCUUGGGACAACUUGAUGAGGACUAUCGAACAAGAGAAACUUUCCUGCAUCGAUCUGAUUAUAGUCCCCAUAUCAGUUGUCAUGAUGAACUGUUGCGUGGCACAGAACGGAACAGAGACAAACUCAAAGGCUCCUACUCUGUACGAUCUGAGGAGAGAAACCGGGAGGCCAAACGGCCCCGCUACGACGACACAGAGAAGAUACACAGCAUGGGAGGGACUCACCUGAGUUUUACAUCAGGGACCCGCAACUAUCGACAGCGUAGACGAAGCCCAAGCCCUAGGUUUCUAGACCCUGAGUUUCGAGAGCUGGACCUUGCUAGGCGAAAGCGAGAGGAAGAAGAGGAACGAAGUAGGAGCUUGAGUCAGGAGCUGGUGGGAGUUGAUGGUAGUGGCACCAGCUGUCCUAUCCCUGGAUUAUCAGGUGUCCUACCAGCAUCGGAGCCAGAAUAUUCUUUACAUCGGCCUGAGGAAGUAUCUGUGAUGCCCAAGAAGUCUAUUCUGAAGAAGAGGAUUGAGGUGGACAUGGACCCUUCCGUGCAGCUCGAGAGAUUUUCCAGCAGUACCAGCUCCAGCCAAGAUCACACACUCUACUCUGGACACCAGUCUCUUCCACUAAGUGGUGCUAUAGCUGCUUUUGCUUCAGAAAUUGAGAACAACAAAGAGACUAUGGUGGAGACUGCCUUGAAGGAACAUCAGGACAACCUCUACCAGUGGGGUUCCCUCCCUGGGAUGACCAAAGACAGCAGUCCUCUCAGAGAAAAGUUUGGAAGUUUUCUGUAUCACAAAGAGAAAUUGGAUAUGAAGACUGAGGGACCUGAGCGGCACGCAGACUUCUUGCUGCCCCAUAAGAGGGCUAGCCAGGACGGCAGUGGUUUUUCCCGCAUUCUGAGAAUGUUGGCAGAUUCUACCAGUACGCAGGAAAAAAGGCGACGUAGCUUCCCUGACAUUGAGGAUGAGGAGAAAUUUCUCUAUGGGGAUGAAGAAGAGGACUUAAAGGCAGAAUCCCCACCAAAGCCCCUUGGGGGCUCUGAGAGUGAAGUUAUGAGGCAGAAGGCAAGCUCCCUUCCCUCUUCAGUUCUCUCUGUAAAGCGAGAAUCACUAGAAGAGACCAAUCCAGAAUAUGCUAAGAUUCAUGACUUGCUGAAGACCAUAGGACUGGAUAUUGGAGUAGCAGAGAUUAGUAAUCUGGCUGCGCGCACCCAAGAACGACUUCAUGGCAAGAAGCCAUCAUCACGUUCCUCAGAUGACCGCCGUUCCUCAGUUGACCGACACUUUUCAUCUGACUGUCGUUUCUCAGUUGACCGCCAUUUCUCAGCUGACCGGCGCUCCUCAGAUCCCCACAGACUGGAGAGCAGAGAGGCACACCAUAGCAAUACCCAGUCCCCAGAGGUGUCCCAUCCACACCCAGCCUCCCUCAUGGAUCCUUACCUGCUCGCAAAAAACAGCCCCCCUUUCCUGAAGUCUGACCAUCCAAUGGGUCAGGUUGCAGGACCAGAGAUGGUUGGCGGUGGGUUUCAGUCAUCUGUUGCAGUCAGAUGCAUGUUGCAGUCAGCCCCAUCUGCUCCAAUUAGACUUCCACACCCUGCUUCUUUAUCUCAGUUUCACAUACCGAGGGCCCCUCAGUUUGCUGCAGCGCGAAUACCUCCAAACUACCAGGGACCUGCCAUUCCCCCUGCCUCCUUUGAUGCCUACAGGCACUACAUGGCAUAUGCAGCCACAAGGUGGCCCAUGUACCCCACCUCUCAACCGUCAAAUCACCCUCUACCUGAACCACACAGAGUGAUGCCAGCUACUAAACAAGCUACUCGAAGCCGUCCUAAUCUCCGUGUGAUUCCCACUGUGACUCCUGAUGAUCCCAAGCAGGAGGAGUCGGUGCUAAGCUCAGUUCCUUCUGUUCAAGUGCCUGUCCAGGUGCCCAUCCCAUCACUCAUAAGAUACAAUCCUGAGAAGAUCUCUGAUGAGAAGAAUCGGGCUUCCCAGAAGCAGAAGGUUAUUGAAGAGAGGGAAAAGCUGAAGAGUGACCGGGAAGCACGCCAAAAGAAGAUGUACUAUCUCAGGACUGAACUGGAGCGGCUUCAUAAACAACAAGGAGAGAUGCUGCGCAAAAAACGAAGGGAAAAGGAUGGCCACAAAGACCCGCUCCUGGUGGAGGUGAGUCGGCUUCAGGAUAACAUUAUGAAGGACAUUGCAGAGCUACGACAAGAAGCGGAAGAGGCAGAAAAGAAGCAGUCCGAACUGGACAAGGUGGCUCAGAUCUUGGGAAUUAACAUUUUUGAUAAAUCCCAGAAGUCUUCAAAUGACAGUAAAGAACCUGCAGAGAGGUCUGAAAAAACAGAAAAAGCUACAAGCCCGGAAAAAGUGUCAUCCCCCUCAAGCUCCUCCAACAGCAAGGAAUCAAAGCUAAAUAAUGAGAAGUCAUGUGCUAAGAGCCCCAAGCCUGUUGAGAGCUCCCAACCAGCCGCUAAGCAGUCAGAUCAGCCCAUUACUGCCUAUGAGUAUUAUGAUGCUGGCAAUCACUGGUGCAAAGAUUGCAAUUCCAUUUGUGGAACCAUGUUUGACUUCUUCACCCAUAUGCACAAUAAGAAGCACACACAGACACUGGAUCCCUACAACAGACCUUGGGCUUCAAAGACCCAGAGUGAGGCCAAGCAAGAUGCCGUAAAGCGCACUGACAAGAUAACUGUUCCUGCAAAAGGCUCUGAGUUCCUGAUACCCAUCACUGGAUAUUACUGCCAGCUCUGUGAGGAAUUUUUGGGGGAUCCAAUUUCUGGAGAGCAACAUGUGAAAGGUCACCAACACAAUGAGAAAUACAAGAAAUAUGUGGAUGAAAACCCAUUAUAUGAGGAGCGGCGGAAUCUGGACCGCCAAGCUGGCUUGGCUGUGGUCCUAGAGACAGAACGGCGACGGCAGAGUGAGCUUAAACGCAAACUUAGUGAGAAACCAAAGGAGGAGAAGAAAGAAAAAAAGGCAAAAGUCAUGAAGGAAGUAAAGGAGGAUGACAAGGUCUCUCUGGAAUUAGAGGACCAAUUCUCUGAGGGUGGGAACUCCCCUGAAAAGGCUGAAAAUAAAAGGAGAGUUGGCACCAAACUGCAAUUAAAAGAAGAGGCAAAGAAGGAAUCACCAAUAUCUUCCUCUUUUGGAAAAUUCAGCUGGAAGAAGCUAGAAAAAGAGGAUGAAAAAAGUUCAGUGGUACCCUCAGGUAUCCCUAAGGAAGACAUUGCGGAAAGCAUUAAGGACAAAGAAGAUGGCAAAGCUGAAGCUGGGAAGGCAAAGCCCAUCAAAAUCAAGCUCUCUGGGAAAACUGUUGUUGCACAUACCAGCCCUUGGAUGCCUGUUGUGACAACUUCAUCCCUAACUAAGAUCCGACCCAACCUUCCCAUCCCAUCCACAGUACUUCGCAAGUCAAGUUCAGCCACAGUGAGUAAGCCAGCUCCUCUCAACACCUUUCUGUCUAUCAAGUCCUCUGGAACCACUGCUAAGCCUCUGCCAGUGGUCAAAGAGUCUUCAUCUGAUCUCCUCUUGCCUCCAGACAUCAUCUCCAAAGCAUUUGGAGGGGAAGAGGUGAUUCUGAAAGGGUCUCCAGAGGAGAAGAUGGUGCUGGCUGAAAAAAAUGAGCCAUCCCAUAUACCUGAGCAAAUGCUACCACCUCUUCCACCACCCCCUCCACCACCCCCUCCACCACCCCCAGUUUUACCUCAUCCAGCUGCUGCAUCACCUGCUCAAGCAAAUGCUGUCUUGGCUCCAGUAAAAUCAAACGCAACUGUGUCUCAGACUCUCAGCCCUGGCUUUCUGGCUCCUAACAUUUUGAACCCAGUGUUACCUGUAGCCAUCGUGGCCUCGGCACAGCCAGCUGCCAUUCCUUCUGAUGAGACUGCUCCUGGGGUGAGUGAGAGUGACCGAGACCAGGCCCUGUUCUCUCUGUUAGUGCGUCCACCUCCACCCCUCUCAAGUGUGUUCAGUGAACAAGCCAAAAAAUUGGAGAAGCGAAAUUCAUGCCUAGCCACAGCCAAUGCUAAGGACCUAUAUGAUAUAUUUUACAGCAGUGGUGGAAAAGGGGCCCCUGAGACUAAGCUGAGCAGUGGUCCAUUGGCCAAUGGGGAAAACAGCAACUUCUCCAGAGCAGAAAGUUCAAACAGCUCUUCCACUUCUACUUUGAACAGCAGUGCAUCCCAAGAGGAGAUGCCUCAAGAUAGGGCUUUAGUCACUGCACCUUUAGUCAGCAACCCUGAAAUGCCCAUUGCAAAAACUGUGAUGUCCCUAGGGAAAUGGUCAGUAGUAGAACACACAGACCCAAAAAGCAGAGACAGCAGCCAUGGCUUCCUGCAGCCUCUGACAAGGUUGUGCCAAAGCAGGCAUUAUGAAACUAUUACCCCAAAGACAGAUACUUUGGCCAUGUGGAAUUCUAGCUCCUUCCAGAGUGACACUAAUAAGGAUAUGCCUCCAGAAGGAAAAAUCAAGCUUGAUUUGGGAGAGCCAGGACCACCCAGUGCAGAGCCAGGCCCUCAGCGGUCAGAAACACAUUGUCAUAUCGUUGAAUCUCAGAAGUUGGUGGCAGUCCAUCGCAUAGAAUCUGGUAACCAGGAUGAGGAAAACCAAGAGCUCCACCAAUCUGAGGAUUGUGGAAAAGGGGAGGUAGAGACAAACACUGAACUAAAAAAAAUGGGAGCAAAACUCUCUGAGGGGAUGGUAGCAGAGGGAAUGGAUAUCAACGUUAAGCCCCACAGGAUAGAAAAUUCUAAUUUGAAUGAUGGAAGCAGGUACAUGUGGGAGGGAGAAGUGGAACAGCCCAAGUUGCUGAUGACUGACAGAGAGGCUGAACAGCCCAAGAAAUUGAUAACAGAAAGUGAAACUCAAAGUAAAGUAGUGAUUGAAUUGAGUGCGCAGGCUCUCUCUUCCACAAAGGCAAAAAGAGACUCAUUUCCGUCAGAAGCUAGGUCUUUACUCCAGAAUCCACAAGAUAAACCUGUGAAGAACUCUGCCCCAGAAUUGCUUCUUCAGUCCUCAGUCAGAUCAGAUACGUUUUUAACAGGUAGUCUACAGGAGCAAGGAGUUUCAGUUGGUGAAGAAUGGCUAGAAAAUUCAGCUCCAGAGUCAGCUUCCAAAAUUUCUAGGUACAGAAGCCUCAAACUCAAGAGACAAAGAUCAAAAGGCUUUCAGGGCAAAAUGAUCUAUGAAUUGGCUGUUUGGGAUGAGAACAAGAAAAAGCAAGAGACCUGGGAGAACCCAGAAAAACGAGAAUCAGAAGCCCUGGAGCUAAGAGGUGUCCAUCCAGAAUUAACAGUGACAAUAGAAAGCAAGACCUCAGAAGACUUUGAAACUACAGACUUAAAAUUAGCAGAGCUUGUUGCCUUGGGGAAUCUGGGGGAUAUCUGUGUUGAUUUCUGCAGUACUCAGGUAGAACCAGCACGCAGAUCCCCAACUGCUCUGUCUCAGAAAGUGUGUCAAGAAUAUUCUGCAUCACUUGUAGAAUGUAAUCCCUCCACUCCUGCUGACUUUGAACCAAUCCCAUCCUUUUCUGGGUUUCCAUUAGAUUCUUCAAAACCCCUGGUGCUUAACUUUGGGGUAGAGGGUGAGCAAAACUCAUCUAAUCCCAGAAAUGGGAGGAUCACUCCUAAGAUUUUAAAAACUGGACCGCCUGUAGAAAAUGUUGACCUUGGCUCGGGGAGCUUAGAGGUAACACACCAGGCCCUUGACCUCUUAGCAGGAGGAAUGAUGCCUGAGGAAGUAGAAGAAACUUCCCAGUUAGAGAAACAAGAGUCACUUAGAUUAGAAUCAGAAACAAUUAACUCUUCAGGCCUUGGGCCAUCUCCUUGCCUUCCAGACCUUGUUGACUUUGUCACCCGGACAUCUGGAGUUCAGAAAGACAAGCUGUGUUCUCCUUUCUCUGAGCCAGGUGACCCUCCUGAGUGUAGCUCUCUCCAAAUGGGACCACUACAGCUGGAAAUACCGAAUGCAUCUGUCACAGAGGUAGCAGUUCCUCAAGUAGAUGAAGAGAAUUCACGGCCCCUUCCAAGGGAGCAGGUAGUUGGAGGUAACAUAGCCCCUCAGCAAAUGCCUGUACAAGAAGCUACAGUUGAUACCAUCCGGGACCUCAUGGAAUCCAGUGUUCACAACUGAAAGAAUAUAUACCCAGAGCUACUUGUGGAUGAAUCACAUUGGCUUCUAGAAAUCAGGUGCCCAGAUGACCCAGUGCUAUUUGGCUAUCUCCUCUGGAAGCUAGACCAAAAGAUGUUGUUAACAUCUUACAGUAAAUGUCCAUGGAAGCUAAAAAAUUUACCUCCUUUCCUUUUUAUUUCUUUUCCCUUAAAAUACCAGACAAAUCAAUCAUAACUGCUUCUAUAUAUGUCUGUAAAAAAGUAUUUUGUGUUAAUUCUUUUUGGCCAUUUAUUUUCUCCUACUUUGUCAUUAAAAUCAAAUGUCUAUCUGACUGUCCACAUAGUGUGCUUUGAUUGUAUUUUGACUUUGACUCUGUAAUUUCUGGAAUAUGGGGGAGGAGGGAGACAGCUGACUUCUCCAAUUGCUGUGUUGUAUUCCCACCCAAUUUUCUGGGCAGCUGAUGGAUCUCUGGGAGAAACACCACAAGGCUUUCUGAAAUGGAAAACUUCUACUGAUGAAGGAAGAAUUGUUCAUCCCUUAGGCUUCCAGUUUGGAUGGGCCUGCCUUAACAUUGUUUGAAAUGCAGCGUGAGUAGCUCUUUUGUUUACUGUUUACUUCCCCGUGGCAUGUGAGCCCCCAUACUUCCCUUACUAUGUUGCCUUUGCUGGAGAUGAUCCUGCCAACUCCCAAACCUGUUUGGAAAUGGCCUCAGUAAACAUGGAAGAAAAUCUAGCAGACUCACUUUUGGAAGACAACAAAUCGGUAAGGCUUACUCAUGACUCAAUGAAGCAGGUAUAUAUUUUGGGUCACUUUUGUUUUU